AUGGCUGCCUCUUCUCCCAACAUGUCCAUCGAGCAUAUCAUCGACGACCUUGAUUUACACAAGGCCCUUCUCGAAAGCUUACUCGAUACCCGCCCCGACGACGUCGAAGAGAGAGAAGAACUGCAAGCAACAAUCAUGGAUCUCGAACGAAAAUUAGCUCAGCAUAGAGGGAUUCCUCUCGAUGCAGUGUCUGCCCAACCAUCUCAGGUCCUCUCUCGAGGAUUGUCUCAGUACGAUGGUGUGGGAGACUCCUCACCUUUAGGGUCAGGGGUCAGCAAUAAUCUUCGCGAUGACGACUUCCCAGUAGCAUACCAUGAAACUCCUCACCGCAAGCGUUAUCUUGACCACAGCGAUAUCGACCGCCGUUCUGGCUCGCCACAUUCAAAACGAGCUCGCUCUCACCAGUCAGGAUCCCUAACACCAAGUGCUGCAUCCAGUCACUUAGGGAAUAGCCACAGCGCUGGCCUCGAUUCGCUUGAUGAUUACUUUGGUUUCGCAGAGGACGGGGUCGACUUCCGAGAGGGACAAUACGAGGCAGAGAAGUGGUUGGAGGACCGUCGUGCACAAGAACUUCGAGAUGCGGAAUUCGCCAGACGUCUUCAACAGUCUUUAGACGAAGAAUUGUCCUAUGUUUCGUCGAAACCAUCACAAUUCUCGUCGCAUAACGCGUAUUCAGCGAACGCAGCAAGUCCUAACAAACCAGUGUUGAAUAUGCAGUCUACGUUUAUGCAAAAACCAAAUCUACCAUCCUCUUCCGCCCACAAGCAGCCAGCCUUUGGUUCGACGGGUUGCGGCAAUCCCUCCUAUCAAUAUCCAUCUCAAGUUGCUUCGUCUUUCAAUUUUCCAGUGCAACAACCACGUCCGACACCGAAAGCUUCGUCGACUUAUCAGAUUAUCGAUAGCAGUGAAGAUGAGGAUUUAGCAGAAAUUGGGCCGAACGAUUUCUACGGUGAUGACUACCCAGCUCUGCAUGACAACACCAGCAGGACCUUGAUGACUAUGAAUCCCCUUAAAUACGGCUUGGAGCAGUUGCGCGGUAUGAAGAGUGCACUUGACUAUUUGCCCAAGGAUCGCCCUGCUAUGCCGUGGAUGAUAAAUGAGAAUGAUUACCUUGGCGGAAUACCAUCGUAUGAGACCGAGACAGUCGACAGUAAGCAGGCAAACGAAGAACUGAAGGCACUUCUAGAGAGUCUUCGGCCUGAUGUCGAAUUAUCAAAGAAUCCACAAGGGACGCCUAAAGAAUUGAGUUUCGCAUUAUUCGAGCAUCAAAAGCUGGGACUGGCUUGGAUGAAAGCUAUGGAAGAAGGCAAGAAUAAGGGAGGCAUUCUUGCUGACGACAUGGGUCUCGGAAAGACCGUCCAAGCUUUAUCGCUGAUUGUCUCUCGACCAUCGACAGACCUUGCACGGAAGACUACGUUAAUUAUUGCACCUGUGGCUUUGAUGCAGCAAUGGAAACGUGAAAUUGACAGGCUAGUCAAGCCUGAACACAAACUCAGCGUGUUCAUUCUUCAUGGCGAGAAGCGAAAGACCACUUUCGAUAAGCUGAAAAAGUACGACGUGGUUUUGACUACGUUCGGUAGCAUGGGCACUGAGUUGAAGAAGCGGGAGCAAUACGAUGAAUUGAGACGAUUUGCAUCACAGAAUAGCGCCAAUAUGAUUGCGGAGGCGCGUGCUCUACCACUCUUAGGCCCUCAAAGCACUUGGUAUCGGGUGAUUAUCGACGAGGCGCAGUGUAUCAAGAACCGGAAUACCAAGUCUGCAAUCGCUUGUUGCGCUCUCAAUGCCACUUAUAGAUGGUGUAUGAGCGGUACUCCUAUGAUGAACGGUGUCCACGAGCUUCAUUCCCUACUUCGGUUUUUGAGAAUCGGUCCGUACAACAGUUUGGAACGAUUCAAUAAGACGUUUACACGGCCUCUGAAAACUCGAGAGGGACGUAAUAAAGCUCUUCAACAGCUUCGUGUUGUGCUCAAAGCCAUCCUUCUGCGUCGAACCAAGUUUUCAAAGCAGGAUGGAAAACCACUUAUCGACCUUCCGCCUCGUACUACUGAGAAAGUCCAUGCAGUUUUUAGCGAGGAUGAACAGCAGCUGUAUAACUCGUUGGAGAGCCGCACACAGAUCCAGUUCAACAAGUAUCUUGACGCAGGCACCGUUGGUCGGAAUUACUCCAAUAUUCUUGUGCUCCUGCUUCGUCUACGCCAAGCCUGUUGUCAUCCUCAUUUGAUCAACGACUUGAGUGUGGAUGUCUCGGCCGUGACGGAGCAAGCUGAUUUCGUUGAGAAUGCGAAGCAGUUUAGUCCUGAUGUUGUCCGACGUUUGAAGGAGAAUGCACCGCUUGAAUGUCCUGUCUGUAUUGAUGCGGUCGAGAACGCAAUUAUUUUCUAUCCUUGCGGCCAUGCCACUUGCGCCGAAUGCUUUGCGAGAAUUUCCGAUCCUUCUUUAGCUGUUCAGCAAGGUGUAGACGGUUCGGUUGAAGCCAAAUGUCCCAAUUGUCGAACCAAGAUUGAUCCUAAAAAGGUCACUGAUCAUGUGUCUUUCAAAGAAGUGCAUUUUCCUGAAGAAUCUGAUGGCGAUGAAGAGAAAGCGGACGUAAUUGCUGAUGCUGAAGACUCCGACGACGAUGAUAGUGACGAAGAAGAUGAUGACGAUGAUGACGAUGAUGACUCGGAUCUUGCCGAUUUCAUUGUCCCUGGUGAUUAUGAAUCCGAAGAGGACGGCAUCCUACGAAAGAAGACUACCGAUACCGAAUCCAAGCCCAAGAAAAAGCCCAAGGGACCAAAAUUCAGCAAAGGCAAAGGCAAAUCUAAAGGUCCCAAAAACCCCAAAAAGACGCUAGCUGUCCUCCGCAAAGAAGGCCAACGCAACGCCGCCGCAAGACGGAAAUACUUCAAGCGUCUCGAAAAGAACUGGAUGACAAGCGCCAAAAUCGAAAAAGCCAUCGAAAUCCUUGAAGAAAUCAAGGAUUCUGGCUCGGGCGAAAAGACCAUCAUCUUCAGCCAAUUCACCUCCCUUCUUGACCUACUCGAAGUCCCCAUCAACCGUCGAGGAUGGAAAUAUCGUCGCUACGACGGAAGCAUGAACCCGCGCGACCGUAACGAGUCCGUUCUCGAAUUCACUGACAACCCGGAAUGCGACAUCAUGCUCGUAUCCCUCAAAGCCGGCAAUGCAGGUCUGAACCUCGUUGCUGCCUCUCAAGUGAUCAUUUUCGAUCCUUUUUGGAACCCCUAUAUUGAGGAGCAGGCUAUUGAUCGUGCGCAUAGACUGGGUCAGACGAGACCGGUACAAGUUCAUAGGGUGCUGGUUGAGAAGACGGUUGAAGAUCGGAUAUUGGCGUUGCAGGAGGAGAAGAGGGAGGUUAUUGAGGGGGCGUUGGAUGAGAAUGCUGCUAGUCAGAUUUCGAGGUUGGGAGUUAGAGAGUUGAAGUUUCUCUUCAACGUGCAAUAG